UGGAGAGGCUUGGUAUGAUUUGCUCUUAUUAAAAAGGUCAAAUAUGGUUUAACACGUAUAACAAGUUAAUAGUUUCUCAUGGCUAGUUCCAAAGCAGCUUUUGCAUUCCUGCAUCUUUUGGACAGACGCGUCAAAGACCUUUCCUGCCCUUUUAAAACCAAACUUGAAUCUUUUGUGAAAAAUAUGUACUGGUAUUAUAUUUGAUACAUGAAUUUUUUUGAGUUUUUGAAACCUCAUUAGUGUGUUUUUUCCCCCCUAAAGACCUAAAUAGACUGCACCCAAAAUUUCUAAACUAACUGCUAAAAAAAAUGACAGAAUUAGCAAAUAUGAUACAAUUUAAAAUCAAAUGUGCCAAUUUCUUCUUAUUGUUUUAUAAUUUGUCAAUAAACAGUCCCGUUUUUUUAAAAACCAGUAUUCUCUGGGAGUUAUUUCAUGGUUCAGGCUUUGGAUAGUUAAUAUAGAAAUAUCUUAUAUGCAUAUGUUUUGGUCCAUAUAUUAUUUAUUGACAUUUUGUUAAACCAUACUAAUUUAAGAACAAGUCAUGAAUAUGAGGCUUAAUAAAAAUCUCUGUGCAAAAUAAGUUUUGCUUCUUAGCUUUUCAACAUUUCUGUUGCAUUCAUUAUCAAUUGGAGGGUUUGUUUUUUCUUUUAUCUGGUGGGAGAAUGGGAGCAACUGCGAGAUAAUGAGAGACUUGCAGUAGAUAGAUAGAUAGAUAGAUAGAUAGAUAGAUAGAUAGAUAGAUAGAUAGAGAGAGAGAGAGAGAGAGAUUCUAAGAGGCUUUUCUAGUUCAAUCCCUCUGUAACUGUCACAAGCAGUCAGUCAGUCACCUGUAGAUGAUGUUACUGAAAGCACUGUAGGUAGCAAAGUUCCUACUGUUUCUCAAUGAACAGUCCAAACAGUUUAACGAUUUAAGAUUAAAAAGCUCCCACAGCAGCCAGAACAGACAUUUCAAAGACGUUGAUCUGGUAAAUUUUAUUAAUUAAAACCUCAUAAUAUAAGAAAGUAUUUAUAGAACUCUGUUGUUGUACUGCCAUGAUAAAUAAUAGUGCCACGGUAUACAAGCCACUCCUAAAUUUAAGUGUGACAAACUAAUUAGACAGCAUUACGUCUUUAAAAGUUAUUCUCUGUCUCAUUUCUCAAAGACAGGAAGUUUGUACGUAUCCUGGGGUUCGACCUUAUCUCAUUCACAGCUCUGUCUACACACACACACACACACAAACACAGACCGUCACAACAUGGUAAUCUCCUGUGAGGAAAGUGUUUUCAAGUGUCAUCUUGACCCAUCCUUCUCUUCCUCGGUACUACUACCUACACUCCACCCAACACCCAUCUCACCCCACCCCAUUCUGCAUUAAUGCUCCCAAUCCUCUUUGUGGGAGAGUGACGUCUGCUGUCAGAAACAGAGUUAAGCUCAGCAGGCAUCAGGAGAAUAGAGUAGAGAGAAGCUCCCAGCCGUAGGGAUAACCAAGCAAGUUUGGACCUCCAGGGGGAUGAAUCUCUGCUGCCUACGCAAGGCUUGACUCUCCUCCCCGGGGGCUGCUUGUUUCUUUUGCUGGGGAGAAUACAGGAGAUCUAAAUUUGCUGUGCCACGAUAGCGACCUUCAUCAACAGGUUUGUCAUCUGCAAGUCUCGAGCGGCACGGUAGCUUACUCCCAUAUCAGGUGUGUCUGAAAGGUGUUUGUGUGAACAUGCACUCAAAGCAUUGACUGCGUUAGAGUGUGUCUCCCGGGGUUUGCUGAGGCCACUGUUUACUUGCAGCGUGAAGGUGUGAUUGUAUUUGUGUGUAUGAAACAAGUCACAAGUGCUUAAAGAGUGCGUGAUAGGUGGUCGGGCACCGUGGAGGUCAGAGCCCUGGAUUUCAUAGAGAUGGAAGGUCAUGCUUCUGACCGCUUUGGAGAUGGAGAAAGGGACAGCUACCUCAUUGACUACCGAAGGAUUGUUGGAGACAUGGAACCAGCACGGCCACGGCCCUCAAACAGAGAUGGGGAGCAACCUCACCCGUAUGGGGGAUAUGCCCACCCUGUGCUACAUGGACAUGGAUAUGAGACAGCAGCCCAGCGAUACAGCGCUACGCGUAUUCAAGCUGGGUAUGAACCAGAGAGCAUGGCUGACUACUUGAUCAGCGGGGGUACGGGUUACGUUCCUGAGGAUGGACUCACAGCACAACAACUUUUUGCUAUCGGUGACGGACUUACGUACAAUGACUUCUUGAUCCUCCCCGGUUUCAUAGAUUUCACUUCUGAUGAGGUGGAUCUAACUUCAGCCCUGACACGAAAGAUUACCCUGAAGACGCCUCUCAUUUCAUCUCCUAUGGAUACAGUCACGGAGUCAUCCAUGGCCAUCGCCAUGGCACUGAUGGGAGGGAUUGGAAUAAUUCAUCAUAACUCCACUGCUGAGUUCCAGGCCAAUGAGGUGCGCAAAGUGAAGAAAUUUGAGCAGGGCUUUAUUACAGAUCCAGUGGUAAUGAGUCCCCGUCACACAGUAGGCGAUGUGUUCGAGGCCAAGUUACGCCAUGGUUUCUCCGGGAUCCCGAUUACAGAGACUGGCAAGAUGGGCAGCAAGCUGGUCGGCAUAGUUACCUCCAGGGAUAUCGAUUUUCUCUCUGAGAAGGACCAUGACCAACCGCUUGAAGAAGCAAUGACAAAAAGAGAAGAUCUAGUUGUUGCACCAGCUGGAGUCACACUAAAAGAAGCUAACGAUAUACUGCAACGUAGCAAAAAAGGUAAGCUCCCCAUAGUUAAUGACAACGAUGAGCUCGUCGCCAUUAUCGCUAGGACUGACUUGAAGAAGAACAGGGAUUAUCCUCUGGCUUCCAAGGACUCUCGUAAACAGCUGCUGUGUGGAGCCGCCAUCGGUACCAGGGAGGACGACAAAUACAGACUGGACCUCCUCGUGCAGGCUGGAGUCGAUGUUGUUGUCCUGGACUCUUCUCAAGGAAACUCAGUCUAUCAGAUUAACACGAUAAACUACAUCAAGCAUAAAUAUCCCGAACUACAAGUGGUUGGAGGAAAUGUGGUGACAGCUGCUCAGGCCAAAAACCUCAUAGAUGCCGGUGUGGAUGCCCUGAGAGUGGGAAUGGGGUGCGGCUCUAUCUGUAUCACACAGGAAGUAAUGGCCUGUGGACGGCCCCAGGGCACAUCAGUGUACAAGGUCGCGGAGUAUGCCAGACGUUUUGGAGUGCCGGUAAUCGCUGAUGGGGGCAUUCAAACUGUUGGACAUGUGGUAAAAGCUCUUGCCCUGGGAGCAUCUACGGUAAUGAUGGGAUCAUUGCUGGCGGCAACUACUGAAGCUCCAGGAGAAUAUUUCUUUUCCGACGGUGUGCGCCUGAAAAAGUACAGAGGAAUGGGCUCCUUAGAUGCCAUGGAGAAAAAUAACAGCCAGAAACGUUACUUUAGUGAGGGAGAUAAGGUAAAGGUAGCUCAAGGUGUUUCGGGGUCAGUACAAGACAAAGGCUCCAUUCAUAAGUUUGUUCCUUACCUCAUUGCUGGCAUCCAACAUGGCUGUCAGGACAUAGGAGCCAAAAGUUUGUCCAUUUUACGGUCAAUGAUGUAUUCUGGAGAACUGAAGUUUGAGAAGAGGACCAUGUCGGCUCAGAUGGAAGGUGGCGUCCACGGGCUUCACUCAUAUUCUUUUGUGCCAUUCAUGAGAAGCGGUUUUACUGAAACAGGUGGAAGAGGAAACACCCGAUCGGGACCCAACGUCCCGACCCCAGCAGCUAUGAGCAGAUGCACCGGGCGCAUGUGAUCAGAAUGCAACGCAUGAAGCUCCUGUGACUUCUACACUCUAAAGUUUAAACAAAACUAUUCUGUGACCUUCUGUUCAUUGGUGUCCCAGCUCUGACCCCAAAACAACUCUCUUAAAGUUCGAAGAGCCUAAAAGGAUAGAGCCAAAGAACAGAGUUUUAGAGGAUGGUCACAAACUCUUAAUCUGUUGUUCUCCCUCUCAGGUCAAGGUGUAGAGGGAAUCCUGUUAUUACCUAUUCUGUUGUUCCCUUUCAACAAACUUGUCAUGAUAUAUCUGCCGAGCUUGAUAGAGAAGAGUACAGCCAUAUAUUUCCUUGCUCAUUUACUACUUUUACUUCCCCUCCCCCCCUUUUUUUGUGGGAAAUCAAGUAAAUAACAGAGCUUUAAUCACAUACUUUUAGUUCUCUUUCUCUCAUAUAUAUAACAAUAACAAGUGAAGUGUGCUAAUAACCACAGAAGAGUAAAAUUCUCAUAAUGUUUUUAGUGCGCAGCUUUGUCACUCAAGUCAUUUCUUUGAUGCGUGUCGGUGAGCUCUGUGCUGCUCUGUCAUAGAAGGGACAAGAAAAGCAUCAGCCUUAAUUUAUAAACGAGCACUCCAAAUAGGGAGUGCCUUCAAAAAGCAAUUUACACUCUCACCUGGAACUUUACUCUUAUUUUAAUGUUAUUGCUUGAUUUAAAGGAGAGUAUUCACUGUUUUCUUUCAUCAUUCUCAUUUUUAUUGUCACUAUGCAACCAAAGCUCCACUUAGCUUUAUAGUACAUGCUGUAUUCUCCAAAAAUGCUAUUUUGCAAAAGGUUAUCAUUAAUAACACAGGAUAUAGAAUGGUUGGUUAUUUGUCUUUAUUUCCCAGGCUCAGUAUUAAAAAAAUAAUAAGAAAGCAAAAAAAAGGUAGAUACAGUGUAGAUACAGUAAUGGAUUCUCUAGUGUUGCAGUAGAACAAAACCAAUAUUCCAGUUUUGAUUUAUUUAUUUCUAAUGAUCUUUACAAAUAUCACUUUUAAAUUAAUUUCAUUUUUCCUUUUUUCUGUGAGGUACUCAGUAUAUUUGGUUAGAGACGUAUUACAUGUAUCACUCAGUUUUUAAAAAAAUCAACAAUCAACAAAAAACACCAGCUUGUCCCUAUGAAUGCUUUUACACUCAAAAUUCAAAGAAACCUCAAAAGGUUUAUAUAUUUAGACUGUAAUUCUUUUAGCACACUAUCAGGAAAGGGAAGCGGAGAAAG